AUGGCCGUGGUCGCCGUGGCCAAAACAGCUACCCCACAGUACUUCCGCGAGGGUGAGCACGAGCACUUCGCAUGGGACUGCAGCUCCGUUCCCAGAAGGAUUGCUGAUUUGGGACACUUCUUCCAUCGCCAUCUGAAAGAUGAGGAAGUACACGAAGACUGCAUCCGCGCCAUGCAGACCUUGGUCAAAGUUCCUGCGGUCGCUCUGAUGCUACCAAUGCCCCUCAACGAUGAUGCAAAAGAGGCACUACGCGACAUCAAGCAAGCAGGCAUUGAGAUCGUAAUCUCGGCCGAGACGAGCUUUUGGGAGAGCCCCAGAAUGCUGUACAUCCUCAAAGUAGAGCCGGUCGAGACCAAAAGUCCAGUCGGACAACUACAGAAGUUUCUGGAGGUAGUGGCUGAAGCCACGCUGCCUGCGAAGCCUUCUGAUGGACCAUGGCUUUGGUCCUUGCAUGAGCCUGAUGUCGCUGCGGCCCUUCUGGUUUGCGAGGCAAUGGGCGAUUCGGAGAAUUGCUUCUGGCGGCUACUUCGCAACAUGCGCAUCCUCACGCCCGUCUGUUCGCUGGAGCAGCAGCGGCAUGUCAAGGAGCAGUAUGCUCCAUCGACCACCUAUGUUUUGGCAUGGAUGAAUCAGUACACGCAAGGCAUUUGGCCACUGCUUGUUUUGACCGUACCUUUCGCCAUAUUCGUGGAAGAAGAUCGACUAAACGAAGCCAGCUGGGAGUUCUACGCGCUCCAGGCAGUGGUCAUCCUCUGGGCGAUUGUCAUGAUUGGCCGAUCCCGACAUCGCUCUUCCUUCGUCAUGUCCUACGAGGCCGGAGAAAGCAAAACCUGGGCCGCAGAUUUCAACAAGGUGAAAAUCACGAAGCGGCAGAUCCUGCGGAGAAUCAUGUCUCAGACCGGUGCCGGCAGUGAAUUCGCCGCCAUGUUAAAUCUGACCCAAAACCCGGACCACCACAAGAUGGUUCACCACAGGCUUUGGGUGGCAUGGUGCUUGCUCCUUUCAGGCCUGGGAUGCCUCAUCUGCCUGGUGCUUGCCGGGCUCUUCCUUCUGUUUACCAUGGAGUUGAAAUUCAUACUGAUUUAUGAAUGGGGCGACUGCUACCAUUUGGAAUGCCACGAUCCGGCAAUAAAGCAUGGAUUUUCCGGCGUACUGUCCAUGAUCGGGUGCGACAUAUUGCUGGCAUUGACACUCAACGUGGCUACCGGCGAGCUUUGCAAAGCAUUUGCUUAUCGCAUUGCCAAGACGUGGAACUUCCGCAGCAUGAUCUUGCGACAGUUUGUGGAGCACUUCACCGCCAUUACCAUCGACAUUGUGGCCACGAUUGGAAUGUUUUCUUAUCUUGCCUUCGCCUUCCUACCCGAGUGGGAGACGACAACGCCCACAGACUGGUGGGAUUCCUCCGGUUGCGACCUCUUUUGGGACUUCCAG